CUAACAGUAAGACUCUCUGAAAAAUGACAUUGUUCAUCCCAGAUAUGGCAGCUGGACAUAUGUUUUUGGUCUUCCUCAUUUUCUAUACCUUCCAAUAUGUCAAAGCCCAAGAUCGUCUUAAGCCCAGUCUGAUUCUGAAAUAUGCAGUCAUCAGACAGAGAGACUCAGUUCAGCUGAUCUGUGAGAUUCCAUCUGUAUCUGAGUCUCAGUGUCACUUCAUCAUAGAGGGGAAACAGAUCUCACAUCCUUCACCAUGUCAGAGCACACUAACAGGAUAUCAGCUGCUUCACUGGGCAGGUCAAAGUUCACCUGUUGAGGUCCAGAUUCUAUGUUUCUACAUGGUAGAGACAAACUAUACAUCAACACACAGUGACCCUGUCUCAUUGAGGAUUCUGGAUCAACGAGACCUCCCUCAGCCCAAUCUGAUAGUGAUUCCCACAGUUAUCAGAGAGGGAGACUCAGUUCAGCUGAGCUGUGUGACUCCUCAAUCUCUCUCUGAGUGUCAGUGUGGUUUCUAUGAAGACAUGAGACUUAAUCUACCAGAACGAUCAUGUGAACAGAUAGUCACAGGAACUCAGCUGCUUUCUUGGGCAGGCCAAAAAUCGCCAGCUGUGCUCCAGGUGAAGUGUUUCUACGUUGUAGAAAGAUAUUACUCAUCUCCUCCCAGUGACCCAGUCAUUGUCACAGUCCAGGUGCAAUUAUUUUGGUUAGCAGCAGUGGGUGUGGGUUCUGGAGUUGGCUUGUUCCUGGUGGGACUGACAGCUGUCUGUUUCUGUAGGAAGACUAACAUCAAGACCAACAAGAUGAUCAUAACCAACAUCCUUUUGGAGAGAACGGACAAUCAUCUGAACAUGAUAAUUAUGAUAUAUAUCACCUGUACAACUCAAUCCCAGACAGAACUGCAGCCUCAGCCCAGACAGAUGGGUUUUACAGUCUUCUGAUGACACACUGAAAUUACAUGACUCACUUUCUGUAGUUACAAUAUCCAAAUGUUUUUGGA